AUGGCUUCAGGCAUCGAACACGACAGGAGCAGCCUCCCAGGUUUGCAGUCCACUAAGUCGGUCCAGCGGCUCGAGCAAAUAUCUGCGCUCAGGGGUCGAGGUAUCGGUGAACACAUCGCCCUUCCUCAGCUUGUGGUCUGCGGCGACCGGGCAGUCGGCAAAAGUUCAGUUUUCGAGGGUAUCAGUGGCGUCCCUUUCCCGCGCGGCGCGGGCCUGUGUACCAAGUUCCCAACAGAAAUCAUCCUUGAGCACACGGAGGCCGCCGAGACGAUCUCUGCAACCAUCAUUCCUCACGUCACUCGAUCCGAUGCCAUAAAGACGAGACUACAAGCCUUCCAGCAGGAGAUCGGUGAUUUCAACGAGCUCUCCUCCGUCAUUGCCAGCGCUGGUGCGCUCAUGGGAUUGCGCGGGUACGGUGGCAAUGAGUGUGGACCGUCGUUCGUGGAGGAUGUGUUACGCAUCAAGGUCAGUGGGCGCACUGGCUUACACCUCAGUAUCUUUGACCUCCCUGGGCUCAUUGCAUGCGCCAGCGAAGAUCAAUCUGAAAAGGACGUGGAGAGUGUGCACAGGCUUGUGGACUCGUAUCUGGAGAACCCGCGCACCAUCAUUCUGGCGGUUGUACAGGCGAGCAACAGAAUCGCGAACCAGAGCAUCGUCCGCAAGUCGAAGCAGUACGAUGUGGCGGGCCAGCGUACAGUGGGCAUAAUCACUCAGGCGGAUCUCAUCAACGUUGGGGCGGAAGUCGGGAUUGCCACGCUAGCGAAGAACGAGGACACCACGAAGCUUUCACACGGCUUCUUUUUGGUGAAAAAUCCUACGCCGGUGGAAAUCGCGAGGGGUAUCACCCUCCAGGAGAGAUCUGCCAACGAGCUGGGCUUCUUCUCGUCGUCGCCAUGGAAAGAACAGAGGCUUGACAGCUCUCGUGUGGGUAUUUUGAACCUUCGAUACUUCUGUGAGACCUUCUUCGACGAGCGCAUUGAGCGGGAGCUUCCCAAGAUCCGCGAGGAAAUCAGAACUUUGAUCAGGAAGACAGAGUCGGAUCUCUCUCAGCUGCCGAAGGAGAGGCCUACUGUUGGCGAUAUGCGCACAUAUCUGUCCAGGCUCGCCAUGCAGUUCCACGGUCUUGCCGACGCCGCUGUUAAGGGGGAGUAUGACAACAAAUACUCAGCGUUCUUCGCGUCGCAAGGAAAAGGGCCAGAUCAGGCGAGGCUGCGUGCGCUCGUUCAUGAAGGCAACAGCCUCUUCCAGCAAUGCAUGCACGAGUAUGGCCAGACUUACAAGCGUAGCCAAGCGCUUGGCCCAGAGAACCAGCGUCAGUGGGCGAGCGCCAACACCAACGGAGAAGACAUGGACGCGUUAAUGGCGGAUGGUUGGGAAGAUGCGGUGCCUUCGCUCUCUGUGAGUGCUUUGCAGGAUGAGCAGAAGUACGUGACCAUGGGUGAGAUGAGGGCAUGGAUCAAAUCGACCUACGUGAAGAGCAAAGGGCGCGAACUACCUGGGAACUAUGACCAAGUUCUCUUGACGGAGUUAUACCAUCAGCAGUCCAAGAAAUGGUCCGACAUCGCCGAAGCUCACCUGGGAGAUACCAUGAGCAACAUCAUCGCCUUCAUCGACAAGACCAUCUCCUACCUGAAGAUGGAGCAGCACGUCGAAGCCGGCAUCCGCGAAGGCCUCAUGGGCGAACUUGAGAAGUGCGAGAAGCUUGCCGAAGACGAGUUGCGAAAGCUGUGCGCGGACGAGGCGCAGCAGCCCGUGGAGUGUGACCACUACCACUCCGAUAAGGUGCAGAAGUCAGCGAAUUCGACCAUCAUCGACAUGGACGAGCAGGCCUGUACCGAAGCCCUGAACCGUCUGGAAGCGUACUACAAGAUGGCUUUAGACACAUUCGUCGACAAUACGUGCAGGCAGGUCAUUGAGCGCCAUCUCCUCCGCACCCUACCAUGCAUCUUCUCGCCGCAGCGUGUUGCCGGGUACACCGACCAGGAGCUUGAGCGCCUUGCAGGCGAGAAGGCGGAGGUCGUGGAGAAGCGGAAGCAGUUGCACCAGCAGCUGGAGAACUUGAGGGCUGGUUUGAAGGAUCUUUGUAACUGA